AUGCAAAGGGUUCGUGCCGUUGACAGGUCCGACUUUUGUGCCGGCCAGUACUGCUAUCAACAUGGGAAGGUGUGCUCCAUUCUGGGUGGCUUUGCAAAAAAGCCGGACUACGAUGUGAGUGGCUUGCCCUGCCCCGAUUUCAGUAGGGCUGGGCGGAGGCGAGGAAGAGAAGGCCCAACAGCCACUGUGUUUGCGUGUCACGCGAAGCUGCACAUACAUUUGGGCACGCCGCUGCUUGUCAUUGAGAAUGUGCAGGAACUGGACAUGCAGAUGAUCAGAUUGCUCUAUGGCCGCUACUACCACAUCCAGCAGCUCUGCGUAAGCCCGGGUGACCAAGGCCACGCAGCUGUUGCACGAGACAGGACCUACUUGAUCCUAGCCAGGCUCGGUCAAGUGGAGCAGGUGCACGACCCAAGGCUUGUCUAUGAGCAGGUCUCUGACAACAUCAAAGCUCGAGCCCGAACGCGUCCGAGGGAUUACUUCGUGGCUACGCGAAGCCAGGUGAUUCAAGAAGCACAACACACGGCUAGGGUCCGGAACAUGUUCUUCCGCAAGGCGCAUCGCAUGGACUCUUUGUUCAAUGAUCGAGAACGACGUGCUUGGAGAUGCGUGCGUCAGCGUUACCGCGCUGUUUUCCAGAAGAGGGCUGCCUCUGAUCCUGAUCUUGUGGUGCAUCUGGGCGACAAUCCCGAGAACCGCUUGAUAUGGAGUGCACACAGUGGGAAAAUCCCCACCUUGAGAAGAGGGAGUGGCAAGUUGUACAGCCCGUUUUUGCGAAGGUGGAUGGUUCCUGUUGAGAAGCUCAGUGCACUGGGGUUCCCAGUGACGAAGGACACCGCCAUUGCGAUGGGAGUGCCAAUGCUGCCUGUGGCAGACCCCCUCCGCGCCUCAUCGGUUGCAGGUAACUCAUUUCACUUCUCUACCGCCUGCGUCGCUCAGCUAGUGGCAUUGUCCUGCUACAGGAUGCGAGAUGCUGCUCAGUAA